GACGCACCCGAGGGGCAGGCGCGUGAGUGCCCUGUGGCAGGAGAAGUGAUUGCGAUGGUGGAGGAGGCGGGGGCCGGGGCAGGGGCGGCAGUGGAGCUCUGUGGACUGCCACCCGAUGUGCCUGACGAGCUGCUCACCCUCUACUUUGAGAACCGCCGACGCUCUGGUGGGGGACCUGUGUUGAGCUGGCAGAGACUUGGCUGCGGGGGCAUCAUCACCUUUCGAGAGCCCGCAGACGCUGAGAGGGUCUUGGCCCAGACAGAGCAUGAACUACACGGGGCCCGGCUGAGCCUGCGGCCAGCCCCGCCUCGCGCCCCUGCACGUCUGCUGCUCCAAGGACUGCCCCCCAGCAUUGCACCCCCACGCCUGGAGCAGCAUGUCCAGGCCCUGCUGCGUGCUGCAGGGCACCCGGUGCAGUCCUGCCGUGCCCUGGCCAGCCCCCGGCCAGACCGGGCCCUGGUCCAGCUGCCCGAGCCCCUUUCUGAGGCAGAAAUCCAUGCCCUGGAGGAACAGGCCCAGAAUCUGAGCCUGGAGGGGGCCUCGGUGUCCCUGGCCCGGGUGCCCCAGGCCCGAGCAGUGCGUGUGGUGGGGGCUGCCCUCUCUGUGGACCUGCUGCUGCUGGAGCUGUACUUGGAGAAUGAACGUCGAAGCGGCGGGGGACCCCUGCAGGGCCUGCGCAGCCUGCCCAGGCAGCUGGGCACUGUCGUCUCCUUCCAGCAGUGGCAGGUGGCUGAACGGGUGCUGCAGCGGGACCACUGGUUGCAGGGCUCAGAGCUGAGCCUUGUCCCCCACUACGACAUCCUGGAGCCCGAGGAUCUUGCUGAAGACACCAGUGGAGGGGACCACCUGUCCAAGCUGGGGACAGGAGAGGCUGGAGGACUGGUGAAGGCACUAAAGGGUGUAGGGACUGUGACAGUGGGCUUUGCAGAGGCACCAGAGCAAUCGGGGGCCUCUCUGAGGAUGGGUCCCAUAGGGUCUCCAGGACAGGACAGGACAGUUGGCAUGGGGGCCCUGGUGUCUCUGGAGCCGGAGGGGCUGGUAAGCCUGAGGCCUGGGGGGUCACCAGGACAGGAGGAGCCCAUAAGCCUGGAGACUGUGGGGUCUCUGGAGCAGGCUGGGCUGGUGAGCUCUGGGCCUAUGGGGUCUCCAGGCCUGGUGGGCCCAGUGGAGGUCUCUAUGAGGUCGCUGGGACAGGUGGGGCCUGUGGACUCAGAACCUGUGGGAUUGGUGGGGCAGGCAGGCCUGGUGGAAAUUGCCAUGGACUCACCAGGGCAGGAGGGGGUGGUGGCUGCGGCAGAGAUCGCCGUAGGGUCUCCAGAGAAGGUAGGGUCAGUGGGCCCAGGGUGUGUGGGGCUGCCGGAGCAGGCAGGCCUGGUGGAGGUGGUGCUGUCGAUGGAGCCGGGGGCGAUGCGCUACCUGCAGCUCUAUCAUGAGGACCUUCUUGCUGGCUUGGGAGACGUCGCCCUCUUCCCACUCGAAGGAACAGAUGUGACUGGCUUCCGUCUCUGUGGAGCCCUAGCCCCGUGCCAGGCAGCCGAAGAGUUUCUGCAGAGUCUGCUGGGCAGCAUGAGCUGCCACAUGCUGAGCCUGAAGCACCCAGGCAGCGCCAGGUUCCUGCUGGGCCCGGAGGGGCAGCGCCUUCUCCAGGGUCUGGAGGCUCAGUUCCAGUGUGUCUUUGGGACAGAACAUUUGGCCAGGGCCACCCUGGGCACAGACCCUGAAGAGGUGGAUCCCACCGAGGUCCUCCAGGUCCUCCCUGGCCACGCCCAUAACCUGUGGCCCCCAGACAGGACAGGCAGUGAGCAGGAGAAUAUGAACCUGGAGGAGGUCCGAGAGCUACUGGCCACCCUGGAGGGCCUGGAUGGAGAGGACUGGCAGCCCCUGGAGCUGGGGGAGGAGGAGCCUGAGCAGCAGCCAGAGGAGGUGGUGGCUCCAGGGCAGCAGGAGGAGCAGCCCACACCCAGGGCCAGGGAGGAGCCUGUGGCCCCCAGCACUGGGGUGCAUGGGCAGCUAGAGGAGGAGGCUGCGCUGCAGCUGGCCCUUCACCGGUCCCUGGGUCCUCAAGGCCAGGAGGCUGAGCAGAAGGAGGCUGCUGCGCUGCAGCGUGCCCUGGCCCUCUCCCUGCUGGAGCAGCCCCUGUUGGAGGCAGAAGAGCCCCUGGGUGGGAUGGCUGGUGGCAGGGCUGAGCUGGUGGUGCACGCGGCCUUUGAGCAGGAUAUGGAUGAGUUGGAGCGGGCACUAGAGGCUGCCCUGGAGGUGCACCUCCGGGAGGAGACGGUGGGACCCUGGGGCCGCGAGUUGCCCGCAGAACUGCGUGCUCGCCUGGAGCAGUGCCAUGGUGUGAGCAUUGCCGUGCGUGGUGACUGCACCAUCCUCUGUGGCUUUGAGGCCCAGCCCACACGGGCAGCCCGCCACUUAGCUGCUCUGCUGGAUGGCCCCUUGGAUCAGAGUUUGGCUUCUCCGUUGGCAGCCUCAGGCCCCACCCUGCCAGAGCAGAGGCUGAAAGGGCCCUUGGGUAGGCUGGAGUAUCUGGCAGAGAACACCAGGGAGUUCCAGCAGGUGGUACAGGCUUUCUACGACACCCUGGACGCUGCCCACAGCAGGAUCCGCAUCGUCCGGGUGGAGCGGGUGUCGCACCUGCUACUGCAGCAGCAGUAUGAGCUGCACCGGGAGCGUCUGAGGCAACGCUGUGACCGGCGCCCGGUGGAGCAGGUCCUGUACCACGGCACGACCGCGACAGCCGUGCCCGACAUCUGCGCGCACGGCUUCAACCGAAGCUUCUGCGGCCGCAACGCAGGCGCGCUCUACGGGCAGGGCGUGUACUUCGCCAAGCGCGCCUCCCUGUCGGUGCAGGACCGCUACUCGCCGCCCGACGCCAACGGCCACAAGGCGGUGUUCGUGGCGAGGGUGCUGACCGGAGACUACGCGCAGGGCCAGCGCGGCCUGCGGGCGCCCCCCGUGCGGGACCGGGGCCGAGUCCGCUUGCGCUACGACAGCGCCGUGGACAGCCUCCGCCAGCCCAGCAUCUUCGUCAUCUUUCACGACACCCAGGCGCUGCCCACCUAUCUCAUCACCUGCGAGCGCUCGCCCCGGGCUUCCCCCGGGGACCCCUCGGGGCUCCUGGACCACUCCCCGGCCACCUGACCGAAGAGGCCCGCCUCGGCCGCCCCUGCGGACGCCCCUGCUGCGGUGCGGGAACGGCGGCGGCCGGCGGGCCCUGUCCUGGGCCGGGUCGGUCCCCGCCGGGGAGGGCCCGGCCACCAGGGGCCAGCAGAGCCCAGAAGGAGGGGGGCUGGCCCGACGCAGCCCGAGCGCGGCUGUCGUUUGAAUAAACGCGCACUUGAAGCCCG